AUGGGCUCUGCCAACUUGGAAAUGGGGAUGAUCUUCCUCACUCAGACAGGAGUCGGAAUCCUGGGAAACUCCUUCCUCUUUUGCUUCACUUGGCUCGCUGAACACAAGUUGAGACUCACAGACCUGAUUAUCAACCAGCUGGUCUUAGCUAACAACUUGGUUCUUUUCUCUAAAGGGAUCCUUCAGACAGUGGCGGCUUUUGGGUUGAAAUUUUUUCUCCAUGAUGCUGGGUGUAAAUUUGUCUUCUAUUUACACAGAGUGGGCAGGGGGGUUUCCCUCAGCACAACCUCCCUCCUCAGUAGUUUCCAAGCCAUUAAGCUUAACUCCAGUUUCUCUAGGUGGAUGGAGCCCAGAAUUCGAUCCCCAAAGUGCAUUGGCUUCUGCUGUUUUCUCUGCUGGAUUCUGCAUCUCUUAGCAAAUACCUACAUUCCUAUGAGAGUGACUGGACAAGUGAGGAGGAAAAACAUAAGUUUGAAAAGAUUUGGAUACUGCUCUCUGACCAUACAGGACAGUUCAAUUGUUUCAGUAUUUACAAUCACAUAUGUUUUCGUUGAUAUGAUAUUUUUGGGUCUCAAGGUCUGGGCAAGUGGCUCCAUGGUCCUUGUCCUGCACAGGCACAAGCAGCAAGUCCACCACAUUCACAGCCACAGCCUUUCCCCCAGACCCUCCCACGAGGCCAGAGCCACACACGCCAUCCUGGUCCUGGUGAGCGCCUUUGUCUCCUUUUACUCAGUCUCCUCCAUUUUGACUCUUUGUUUUACUUUAAUUGUGAAUCCAAGUCAGUGGCUGAUGGACACCUCUGUGCUCAUGGCUGCAUGUUUCCCAGCCUUCAGCCCCUUCGUGCUCAUCAGCAGCGACACUCGUGUCUCUCGGUUUAGCCUCACCUGCUGGACAAAGAAAACAUUUUUUUCUAACCUAGUUAAACAACUUCAAGUCUUCUGA